ACUACUUUAUUAUGUAUAUGUUCGCAGGCUGCCUCAUUCCCUCCCCUUCUAUUGAUUUCAAUAUUAACACGAAAUGUCGCGUUUUCACGUAAAUGUAGAAUACGCAGUUGCCAUGAGUAGAGCGUGAGAAACAUGAGACAUUGAUUGCCUCGUGUCAAUGAACGCAGCCAAACAUGCAGCGCUGUCGCAGUUCGCUGCUACCAUCUCCAUCUACCAAUCUACCAACCAACUAUGAGUGAAACGCCGCCAAAGCCAAAGCCAGGCUCGCUGCGUGACAGGAUCGCUGCGUUUGAGAAUGCUAACAAGAGUGCAGCGCCUGCCCCUGGGCCUGCACCACGCCCAAAGCCCUCGACCCUCCAAUCAUGGAAACCAAAGGUACCUUCACCACCUCAGUCGCCAGAAUCUGAGCGCAAGACUGCGGGGAUGUCUGCAUCAGACGCAAUGGAGAGUAUCGGCAAAGGCGGAAGUCUCAAGGAGCGCAUGGCUGCUCUCCAAGGAAAGGGUGCGUUUGGAGGCGGCACCCCGCCCCCGAUCCUCCCAAAACCUGCAGACAAACCAAGGUGGAAACCGCCGCCGCUAGUAUCACUUCCUGCAGAUGAGGUUGUUUCCCAAGAUGGGGCGAUUGAUGCUCAAGGGUCUUCUCCCCCUGCUACGGGUGAUCCUGAUCAUACCGACCUAGAAGGCGGACACGAGGCCCAGCAAGAUGCCGCUGAGAUUGAACAAGAUCCGGAGGAGGAAGAGAGACAGCGCCGUGCUGCAAUCGCUGCUCGCAUGGCUCGUCUUGGUGGUGCACGUGUUGGCAUGGGCCCGCCUCUGUUUGCUGCCAAGCCAGCUCGCAAGAAACCUGCGACCCCUCCACCUCAGCCUGAACAGGAUGAGGAAGCCACCCUUCCGGACUCAGAUGUGACUUCACCCCCUGCGGAAGCUAUAAACCCUCCUGCUGAUUUCAAGGAUGAAGCGCAAACUGAUCCAGGUGAUUGACAUUGUAAUGAUUCCCGCCCUCAAGUCAGUAUUCAUAAAGUUCUACAGAUUACUUCCCUCCUCCUACACACAAAGACUCCUCCUCCUCCUCGCUCUCCUUUACAGAUUCCCCAUCCAACGCAGCGAC